AUGGUCGCCCAAGCUGCCGCCUCCGGGCAAUUCCGUCAGUUUCCCCCCUCUACCCCUCCCCCGCCUUUCCACAGUGAACAGCUACUAAAUCCCGUAGAGAGGGCUGAUUCCCAACCCGAAAACCCUUACUCGGCCCUUAUUACCGAUCAAUCGAUCGUCAUCAUCCCUUCUUUCACCCUUGAGUCUGGUGUUACCUUGCACAACGUUCCCGUGGCCUACACGACGAGAGGUCAACUCUCUCCCGAACGUGACAAUGCAUUGGUGAUCUGUCAUGCUCUCAGUGGUAGUGCGGAUGUCGCGGACUGGUGGGGUCCCCUGCUUGGUGGCCCCGGUCAAGCUUUCGAUACAUCGCGCUUCUUCGUCGUCUGCUUGAACAGUCUGGGUAGUCCGUACGGAAGUGCUAGCGCUGUGACCUACAAGGAUGGCGAUCCGUCCAAGGGCUUGUACGGUCCUGAGUUCCCUCUCACCACCGUCCGUGAUGAUGUAAAGAUUCACAAGAUGGUACUGGAUGACAUGGGCAUCCGUCAAAUAGCAGCCGUGGUGGGUGGCUCCAUGGGUGGUAUGCUUACUCUUGAGUACGCCUACUUUGGCAAGGACUAUGUUCGCGCGAUUGUUCCGAUCGCAACCUCUCCUCGUCAUUCGGCAUGGUGUAUCAGCUGGGGCGAAGCCCAACGGCAGAGCAUCUACAGCGAUCCCAAGUAUGAGGAUGGCUACUACCCGUUCGACGAUCCCCCGGCCACCGGUUUGGGUGCGGCGCGCAUGUCCGCCCUUCUCACCUACCGUAGCCGCAACUCUUUCGAGUCUCGCUUCGGCAGAAACGUGCCCGAUCCCUCCAAGCGGCAGACCAUCAAUGGCCAGGAAAGGUCGCCCACUCCCCCGAACGAGCACUGGGCUAUCCAUAACGACGGACACAAGAGUGGACGCAGCUCUCCCGGGCCGCAAUCCGAUGCUCAUCAGUCUGAAGUGCAGUUCCAAGACCCUCAGUUCUCCGGUGCCAAAACCUUCAGCAAAACCAUCGAGACCAACGGUUCCCAGAAGCGGCUCCCCACCUAUUUCUCGGCCCAGUCGUACCUUCGGUACCAGGGUGAGAAGUUCGUGAAACGUUUCGAUGCCAACUGCUACAUCGCCAUCACCCGCAAGCUGGACACGCACGAUGUGUCCCGACACCGGGCCAGUCCUUCCGCGGAGAACCCCGUCCGUGAAGCCCUGUCUCAGAUUGAGCAGCCUGCUCUGGUUCUAGGUAUCGAAUCCGAUGGACUGUUCACUUUCGAUGAACAGAAGGAGAUCGCUGCCGGCAUUCCGGAUUCCCGCCUGAAGCGGAUCGAGAGUCCCGAAGGUCACGAUGCCUUCCUCCUUCAGUUCGAACAGGUCAACCGCUACAUCCUCGAGUUCUUCCGCGAAGUCCUGCCGGACAUCAUGUCCAAGGAACCCGCCGAAGGAGUCGAGGCUGUGGACGGAGUCAACAAGCUAACCAAGAGCAGCACCUUCGGCGAAGCGGAAGUGGAAGAUAUCACCGCGUGGUAAACUGACCCCCAGAGUCCUAUUAGAUGUGGCGCAUUAGUUGCAGCCUUUUAUACUGCCUGAUGUACCGCGUGGGCAUGCCCCGGCCUUUCUCUCGGCCAGAGAGGACGCGCCGGCGGCUUCGGACCCCGCCAAGCUCAGGCGCCUUGGGGAAGUAGCGGUGCGGUCUUGUGAUUUAUUAUUCUUAGCCAGUCAGAGAGAUGAGCAUCCAACUGCCUCUCUCGUUUCCUCUACACAGGUAAGGCUGUAAAAGAAGCAUCCAACUGCUCUCCAUCAGAUAAGCCCUCACCGAGUGUUCUUUGCACACGUCAAGACACCGAGGGUGGUGGGCGACCUUCAUAAGAAAAGUGUUCGAUCGUACAUAGAUUCGUUAUGGUAAAUAGAAUUUUUGUCUUCAUCUCGUCUGUUGUCAUAGCACUGGCCACCCGUUAGAUACAGUGCCUAGCGGUGUGACCUUGUAAUUAAGGUCUCGUAUUCAAACACCUUUGUGAACUCAACUUUG